AUGACUCAGCCGUCACAUGUCUUCUCCUCGAUUCCGCCGGUGAGCUCAUCUUCGGCACCAAUCCGUCAUAAUUCUAUCUUGUCGAUGUACACUUCUCCAUCAACACAUGUGGAGAACAUAGACUCUUCCUUUGGGUUUCACCAAAACUGUUCUCCAUUGCCUCAUCGGGUUCUGAUCACUAGGUCUAACUCCAUCAGUAACACUCCUGCGAGAAAGUCUCAUAAACUGACUGACACUGAUAUAGUUAGGAUAAAUUCGAUGACACCUCGGAGUUCUCCGAGAUCGAUCUACCUUGAGCUAUUAGGUCUGAUGGUUGGGGACUCAAGCUUUGGCUAGGAAGGUCUUGUAGAGUUGAUAUAUGAUGACGAAGCCAUGAAAGAGUUCUACUCUAAGUUUAUGAAUCGGGAUAACAAUAAUGUUCACGAUGAUGAGAAUGUUGCUAAUUUGAUGGUAACAUUUACCAAUUCGGAAGAUGCAAGCAAUGCGAAUGAGAGCGGGUUUAAGAUUGGAUCGACUACUUCAGGUGUAAAAAGAAAAGUAGGCAAAGAUAUUAAACCUUUAUGCAGACUCUAUAAGAGUGCUUUAGUGGAUACCAGUUUCAUUGGCUGGAUAAAGCGUUGGAAUCUUCCGAGUCAAGUUUCCUCUAGCAAUUCUGUUAGGAAAGGCGAGUAUUCUACCGAUCCUAAUUGAGUCAAAAGGUAAGCAAUACGUGACUACAAUUUUUCUCCUUUAAUUUUUAUUAUUACUAUGUGAUGUAUGGUUUUAUGACAUUUAUUCAUAUGGAUGCUCAUUCAGAAUCUUGGCAAACUGAGACUCUGCUGCAAGUUCAAAACAGAUAAAGUCGCGGUACGUUGUUUAUUUGGAAUGCAGAGUAGAGAUUCUUGAGAUGGCUAAUACUUCACUGUUCUAAAUGACCAUGCAUUUGGAGGUGAGGCAUAUCACAUUAGCAAGUAAUAACCAUCUACUUGUAGGCUUGAAUGGCACUUUGGAAGGAACCUUAUAAAAUACAAUGGUCCUUGGCCUGAAGGGAUGUACGUGUUUAGAACCUCUUAGUUAUUCCAAAAAAAAAGGAAAUAACUAUCUACUUGUCAUGUCUAAGCGGUUCCUAUAAGGAAUUUAUUAAGUUUAUAUUGUUUUUGCAAAGAAUCAAAGAAUGAUGAUGAUGAACGAGAACAAAAAAUGAAGAUUUGAGUUUAAUUGCUGGAGCAACGGGUGCAGCUUCGUGAUGGUAUUUCUUAGCAAGUUCUUUGUUAUGCAAACUAAAAUAAUGUUAGAAAUUUCUAUUAAACAUGGUUGUUAUGCUGGUAGUUGCAUGAUCUUUGGUUUUGACCUUACUCAUAUAAUAAUAAUUAAAUUGUCAAAACAACAUCGUGAAAUACAUUUAUUUUUCUCUGUUAUGUCGGAAGCUUAAUCCUAGAUAGGAUGUAAAUCUAUUGUUAUGUACAGACAAAAUAACAUUUUUGGAUGAAGUUUUUACUAGCCACCUUUUCUUUUUAAAAAAAUCCAUGCUCGGAAACUAUAGAACAUAUGUUUUCAUUUCCUCUAUGGUUACGGCCUUAACUGAACAAUUGUGUGUAGAAAUCGAAGGGUAAAGAAGGCAACAACCUCAAAAAAACGAGAGAGUAUAAACGUUCAAUCAUCUACUUGUCGGUUCGAGUGGUACUUGGGAGAAAAUCAUAUAAAAUGCCCUAUUCCCUCUCUAUUCUUUAUAAAUAUCUUUACUCUUAAAAAUCAAGCAACUCUAACUAAACGUAACUCCCACUUAACACCCCCUUCCUUUAAUUUGAUUGUGGUUGUAAUUGUCGAAGAGUGAACAUUUACAUGUAAUUAACAUACUAGGAAUGUUUCCAAUCUCUAAGAAUUGUGGAGUGGGAAGUUGACUAAACCACCAUGAAAGGGGCAUUGUUGUGAGAGUAGAGCGUUGUUGAUAUAUGUCGCCUGAGUUAUGGUGGCGGCAAAAAAUAGCCAGAGAUGGGUGAUAGAGAAGGUAAAAAUUUCUUUAGCUAUAGGUUUUUUUGUUUGAUUUUGAUCAUUGGGCAUGCAAGACUAGAUUUAAUAAUUGGGUAAGGAUAACUCAUUAAAUUGGUGAUGAUGAUGUUUCUUCAUUUUAGACAUUCAAGGAAUGAUGUAGAAGUGUUGCCAAUCUCUGGGAAGCUGAUUAAACCAUCACAAGAAGCGUCUAGAUUUUUGGAAUCAUGAGAUUUUGAAAAUCGAGUGUAGUGUCUUUUGCAAGGGGAGGAUGUUGUUGACAUCAUAGUCAUGGUGGCAGUGAAAAAUAGUCAGAAAUGUGUAUAAGUGAAAGUGAAAAUUUAUUUGGUUGUGGUUCUUUGGUUG